GUUACUACCGAAUUACUUGUUUUCACCACAACAUUUGAUGGCAGGCCAUAUUUACGAUUAUCUAGUACUCAACGCAUUAUUUGAACUAGCGAAUUUAAGAAUAGCUGAUAUUAUUAAAAGAGAGGGAGGCAAAGUGUCUGUGAAAAGGUUGGCCGAAUUAACUGACACAAAUGAAGAUGUUUUAGGCAGAUUCUUACGAGCGGUAUCAACAAAAGGAAUCUUUUAUAAUCAUGGUGAUGGGGUCUAUUCGAAUAAUCGAAUGUCAUCGGUCUUAAGAGAUGAUCAUCCAAAUAGUGUGAGGUUAAUUAUCGAGAUGGGAAUUGAAGAAUUCUUUAAGGCUUCUAAUAACAUUGGUGUGACGUUUAAAUAUCCAAAUAAAUGGGACGAUAUUGAUGGUGAUGUGGACAAACAUGAGGAUAAAAUAAAAGAAAUUGUCACCCCUUGGAAGAAAACUUUUGGCAUCGAUAUAUGGGAGUAUUAUGCUUUGCCGGAAAACAAAGAUAAAUUAGAAAGAUUCAAUCACGCAAUGAUUCACUCGAAUAAGAUCAUUGGCAAUGGUCCUUUUAUUGACUAUGAUUGGAGAUUAAAUGAGAAUUCAACAGUUGUUGAUGUUGGUGGUGGAAAUGGCGGAACUGAUCGAGCAUACUCAAAAGGUACGACGGAUAUGAAAAAUAAAAUGCCAACGGAUGAAUUUUAUCCGGGCAGCUUCUUUGUGGAUCCACCACCAAAAGCGGACGUUUAUUAUUUAAGAUGGAUUUUACAUGAUUGGAGUGACACAACGGCCGUUAAAAUUCUUAAAAAUCUUCGAUCAGCGAUUUCUCCUUCAGAUGUUCCGACCAAAUUAGUUUUAUUAGAAAUAAUUAUGGACAAACCAAUUCGUGACGAUUUCCUUACUCAAAUGGAUUUAGCGAUGUUAUGCACUGUUUUUGGUAAAGAACGCACAACACAAGAAUUUAUUAAGAUUUUAAAGAAAAGUGGAUGGAAAUAUGUUAAACACGUAAAUUCUAGAGGUUAUUAG